GCAGCUGGAUAUCCCACAUGAGUAUCUAAACACUCUGUGCGCUCCCGGCUUCCCACCUCACUGCUUGAUGAUAAAGCCAGGCAUGCCACUCAUGCUACUUCGUAAUCUGUCCGCCACUGACGGACUGUGCAAUGGCACGCGACUUAUCGCUGGUCGUAUCAUCAGCCCGCGACUCAUGGAGGCCACCAUCGCCUGCGGCAAAAACGCCGGAAGGCAGGUGCUAAUUCCACGGCUCCCACUCCAGCCCCCGGAUGACGCGUUUCCCUUCCGCUGGGAGCGUCGCCAGUUCCCCGUGCGGCCAGGUUUCGCCAUGACGGUGAACAAAGCCCAGGGGCAGACGCUCGGUCGGGUCGCGGUCUUUCUGGAGGAGCCAGUGUUCAGCCACGGGCAGCUGUACGUGGCUGCAUCGCGGGUCGGCCGGCCGGCGGAUCUGAGGAUCGCGCUGCCCAGAGGUGGCCAGGGCGCAACACCCAAUGUGGUGUACACGGAGGUGAUGGGCCGAGGUGAAGGCCGGUAGAUCCACGGGUCGCAGAGGCGACGGGUAGCCAGAGCGCUACGAGCAAC